AAUUGUUCCUGGACUAGUGAAAGUGUAGGCGGAGUUUGCCUCCAGCUAGUUAGAACCCAGAUGCUCAGCUGAGCGGUAAGGGACCACCUAAAGACGAGGUUCAUUUUCUUGUAGCUCCAGUUGUCCGCCCGCCUCCCCGCCUCUCUGCAAGGCGAUCCUGCUAAGACUAAAGCAAGAGGGAAGGGGAAAGAAAGAAUAGAACUGAGAUCGUGCCAGGAUGUCCGUUUGAGUAUUAUUCCACCUGUGGCCAAACCACUUCUCGUCCUUUCCAUCCUUUGGAAAAGAGGAGAGAAGCCUAGACUCCUUGUGCAAAAGGAAACUGAGUCCCGGAGGACUGUCAAGAGACCACAGCGCCGGCCUCCCCUCAACUGCACUGGGGCAGCCCGAUGCCCCAGGAGCGGCGGAGACCCCAGAAGACUGAAUUGGCGACGCCUAGGGCAGGACUGGAGCCGCACAUCUUGGGACAGUUUAGAAGACUGAAGGUCAGGAUGGGGUGUGUGAAAUCCAAGUUUACCCAUAAUGGAGGAAAGGUUUUCCAAAAAGAGUCUGAAACAAACACCCAGGGUCCUGUAUAUGUGCCAGAUCCAACAUCCCCUGGAAAAAAGACAGACCAUGGUUCUGGUGUCAGCCAGGUCAUCUCCUCUCAUGCAGAUUCUGAAAACAUGGACAUCACAGUCGUGGCGCUGUAUGACUAUGAGGCCAUCCACAAUGAGGACCUCAGCUUCCGGAAGGGUGAUCAGAUGGCGAUCUUAGAAAAAUCUGGAGAGUGGUGGAAAGCACGAUCCCUUGCAACCCGGAAGGAGGGUUAUAUUCCAAGUAAUUAUGUAGCCCAGAUCAACUCACUGGAGACAGAGGAAUGGUUCUUCAAAGACAUCAGUCGAAAGGGUGCAGAACGUCACCUGCUGGCACCUGGGAAUGUACUGGGUUCCUUCAUGAUUCGGGACAGUGAAACCACCAAAGGCAGCUAUUCCUUAUCGAUACGGGACUAUGAUCCCCAGCAUCAGGAUGCAGUGAAACAUUAUAAGAUUCGGACAUUGGACAAUGGCGGUUUCUAUAUCUCCCCAAGGAACACUUUCAGCACUCUGCAAGAUCUAGUGGCUCAUUACAAGAAAGGAAGUGAUGGCUUAUGCCAGAAGCUAACAAUGCCCUGUGUGGUCCCCAAACCCCAAAAACCUUGGGAGAAGGAUGCCUGGGAGAUCCCCAGGGAAUCCCUAAGGUUGGAGAAGAAACUGGGAGCUGGGCAAUUUGGAGAAGUCUGGAUGGCUACCUACAACAAGCACACCAAGGUGGCUGUGAAGACCAUGAAACCGGGGAGCAUGUCUGUGGAAGCCUUCUUGGCUGAGGCCAAUCUGAUGAAAUCUCUGCAACAUGACAAGCUGGUGAAACUGCAUGCUGUGGUCACUAAGGAAGAGCCCAUCUACAUUAUCACUGAGUUCAUGGCAAAAGGAAGCCUGCUGGACUUUCUGAAAACUGAAGAAGGCCGACAACAACCCCUGCCAAAACUCAUCGAUUUCUCAGCCCAGAUUGCUGAAGGAAUGGCCUUCAUUGAGCUGAGGAACUACAUCCACCGCGAUCUCCGAGCAGCCAACAUCCUCGUGUCCUCAGCUCUGGUGUGUAAGAUUGCUGACUUCGGCUUAGCUCGACUCAUUGAGGACAACAUGUACAAUGCCAGAGAAGGAGCCAAGUUUCCCAUCAAAUGGACAGCUCCAGAAGCCAUCAACUUCGGCUCCUUUACCAUCAAAUCAGAUGUGUGGUCCUUUGGCAUCCUCCUGAUGGAGAUUGUCACUUAUGGCCGGAUUCCCUAUCCAGGAAUGUCUAACCCUGAAGUGAUCCGUUGCCUAGAUCGUGGAUACCGGAUGCCUCGUACAGAAAACUGCCCAGAAGAGUUAUACAGCAUCAUGACUCGCUGCUGGAUGAAUAAACCUGAGGAUCGGCCUACAUUUGAGUAUCUCCAGAGUGUGCUGGAGGACUUCUACACUGCCACUGAGAGCCAGUACCAAAAGCAGCCAUGAGGAAUAUUAUCUCAAGCAUUGUGACCAAUUCUUGGGCCAUAUCAGCAUUCCAUUAUGUUGCUUUCAUGCACAUUCCCUAAGGGCCCUAUUUAUCUUCCUAAUUCCCACUUCCAUUCCAAAUUCCAUCUCUAGGACUGGGAGUGUGGAGACCCAUGUUGUAGUUCUAGUUUUGUCACUAACUCAGUGGAUCAUUGUACAAAUCACUUGCCCUUUCUGGGUCCUCCUCUUUGAAAUGAAGGGGUUUCAUUAGAUGAUUUCUGAGUUCCCUUCUAGCUCUAACAUUCAAUAUUAUGUUCUAAGGUCCCUUCCAGUUAUAACAUUUGACAUAACAUUGGGUUCUGACAUUAUUUGACUCUGAUUCCUAGGAAAACAAUUGGUUAUUAUUGCUAUUGGCAAUUGACUGAUAUGGUUGUUUUAAGUCCAGUUUUAACCAUAGCUUUGAGAGAUCUGGGUCAAAUAGACAUAUACAAGCACUAUGAAUGUCACAGAAUUUCUAGAUAAACAUACUUCUUCUUCUAAUCUCCCCAAGUCUUUUUAGUUCCUAGCAGAACUAAGCAAAAAAUUGGGAUGGACCUCCCAGAAACCAGACCUGGGAGAAAGAGGACUUUGACUUUUUUUUUUUUCCUUUAACCCGCUAGAAAUUGGACCAGUGUUAGGAACAAUGUCUGAGAAUGUCCAUGCUAUUGUCUCAGGAGAGCUGGGAACUUAGCCUCUCAUUAAAAAUUUCUCAAGAAAUGAGGCACAUGGCUUCCUACCACACCAAAUUAAGGUUUUGGCUUUCUCAUCAGGACUGGUGAAUAGCUGUAUCCUCCUCGCUCCUAUCCCAAAAUGGCCAAUGUGGUUGUCAGAAACCCAUCUUUGGUAAAGAGGAUGCUAGGAUUGGUAGGAAGUGAUUUUGGAGGAGCUUGGCCCCAUUGAAGGAGAAGGGGAACUUAAGAAAGUAGAAGAUGAGAACCAUGUGGGUUGACCUUUCCUAGAUUGUUUCUCCAAGCCCCUUGGGAGCUGCUAUCUCCAAGGGCAAAGAGACUAUCCCUUUCCUGAGAGGAAUGAGAAGGAGACAAGAAAACAACAGAGGAUAAUGUAGUUAGCUUGAACUGUCUCUUCCUGUUUUUCCUCCCGGGAAGAAAGAAUACCGGCUCCAGGGGGUUCCAUCAACCAGGCCACUCAGACUGUAUUUGUAUUUGUGGCCAUAUUUUCAGCCACAGCUUUCCCCAAAAACUCACAAAAGUCCUGCUUAGCUUAAUUAAUUCUGCACUUCAGAGUUGGAUCUGUGGAUGUUAACAAUAUGAGAUUUAAAAUCAACUGCAUGCAGUUCACCCUAUUCACUUCUAUUUGGGAUGGGCUUCUUUUCCCUUUCUUCAUUGAGAUGGCCACUGGGAUAUUUAAGGCCAGAGAACUGGUAGGUGGGUCACUAAAUGGGACAAGAACAGGAUCUAGUCUCACAGAUGUAGCUAUACCCUCACCAUCCUGAACUCUGGUUAUCCAUCAAACAUAUUACUGCCCUAAUUGUGAGAGAUACAUGAUAAAAGAAAGCAGAUGGCCCAGUGCAGCCAAUACCUGCCAUGAGAAAAACCACUCAGAACACACUUCUCGUUGGUCAGGUGGGUCAGGGACAUGAUUACUGUGCACAAAGAAGCAUGGCACUUUAUCUGGAUGUCUCACUACAAAGUCUUAGUAAGUUUUUUAAAUCCUCUGAUUCAUUGAUUAUUCAAUAAACAAUGAUAGUGAAGGGCAUUAUUUAACUUAUAGUUAUUAAUAGUACAGAGCACCAUGCUACACGUUUGUGUGCUAAACAUAGUGUCACAAAGUGGAAGAAAUAUGAAAAUUUGCCAAGACAUGUUCCCAAUUCUCAAAGAACACACAAUGUAAGAGAUGUACAAGACCAAAUCCAGAUACUUUUAAUAUGAUGGAGAGGUUUAAAAUAAGUGGUGUUGACUAAGGGGACAAGGAAAGACUUUCUAGAGAUGGUAUGACUUGAACUGGGUUUUAAGGGAUAAGUAAGAGUUCAAAAAGCCAAAAACAUUAUUCUGUGUACAGAGAAUAGCCCAAGAAUGGAAGUGGUAAAGACCUGCCCUCAAUAAGUCUGCAAUCUAAUUGAUAGAAAUAGGAUACGAAUAGCUAUGGUAGCAGGGAGAAUAAGACAAUUGUAAUGGAGAGAUACAAGCAAAGUUGGCAUGGGGUUAUGAAUUUGUGAUUUCUUUUAAAAUGAAAAGUUUUUACCUUUGACUUCCAUUAUGUUUUUUAAAAUAUCCCCUUCUCUAUCAAAUCCCUUCUUCCCGUCAUGUGACCUCUAAGGCAACCAUACUACAAUAGGUCCUGUUCCAUGUCAUCUGUUUUAACUAUCAAUAAAGAGGUGAAAGAUUUGUUUUGGUA